AGUUCUUUCUAGCUUGUAGUUCUCUGUUUUACAUUCUGUAAAUACUAUUCCAGUUUAUUGUUCAAUGCACAAGUGUUAUGCUGCAAACUUUAUCAAUUUCUUAAAAUAUGUUUUACCAUCAUGUAGGAAUAUAUUACUCAUGAAGCGGAGACGAGAAAAAUUUACAGAGCUUAUUACUCUGGCAAGCUUGGGAUCAGGUCCAUAAUUGUCAUGAAACCAGGUUACGAGGUCUUAUUAAAUUUGGCUGACUCUCGUUUACCGGAGCAAAGGACGGUGAAGGAGUGAGAACAAGUAUUUUUGCAGAGUGGUAAAGAGUGGUAAACAGCCCAUCUGGCGAUUACUAAGUUGACUGGGUUAACGUUGUUAAUUUAUAUUAACGGAGUGAGAUUUUAUGUGUGUUUAAUGAGUUAUAUGAGAGAUAAGUGAGUUAUUUGAUACCUAAAGGUAUGUGUUGUUUGAUAUUUAACAUGAAAACAAAUGAACAGGAAACAGAGUUUGGACAGAGUUUGAACAGGAAACCCAUGUGAUUAGUAGCGUAAUCACCUAUCCAAUUAGUCAAACCUAUUAACCACUAUUAUUACUAUAAAACAAACUUUUUAGUGUUUACACACAUAAGCCUCACAUGGUGUACAGUACAGAAAGAUAAACCAAGUUAUUGAUGAUCAGCUAGCCCUCUAUAUAAACACACUCACACACCUAUUAUCAAAUGAGCAGCUCAAGUUUUAUCAUCCGGAGACAAAACAAGAAAGAGUUUCAAGAUUGUUUGGUUGGGGAGGAAGUGGACAUGGAAUCGGUUGAGUACGAGGAUGCCAUUGCAGGACUGAAGAAGCUUCUCAGUGAAAAAGGCCAUCUUAAUGAUAUUGCCGCUGCCAAAAUCAAGGAAUUAACAGCGGAAUUGGAGGGUACUGACAAGUUCGACCCAGUGGAAAAGAUUCAAAACGGGUUCGCCCAAUUCAAGAAAGAAAUCUACGAAAAGAAUCCUGAUUUAUUUGGUGAACUUGCAAAGGGCCAGAGCCCCAAGUUUUUGGUUUUUGCCUGUUCGGACUCCCGAGUAUGCCCAUCACAUAUCCUCAAUUUUCAGCCAGGGGAAGCCUUCAUUGUCAGAAACAUUGCUAACAUGGUUCCUCCAUUUUGCAAGACAAGAUAUUCUGGAGUUGGGGCAGCUAUUGAAUAUGCAGUAUUAAACUUAAAGGUGGAGAAUAUUGUAGUCAUUGGGCACAGCUGUUGUGGAGGGAUAAAGGGCCUCAUGUCUUGCACUGAUGAUGACAAUACAGCUAGUGAUUUUAUUGAAAAUUGGGUCAAAAUUGGUGCACCAGCCAAGGCGAAGGUAAAAGCAGAAAGCCACCAUUUGGACUUUACAGAACAAUGCACAAGCUUGGAGAAGGAGGCUGUGAAUGUAUCAUUAGGAAAUCUGUUAACAUAUCCAUUUGUCAGAGAUGCUGUUGCUAAGAAAACUGUAUCGGUAAAGGGAGGGCACUAUGAUUUUGUCAAGGGAACUUUUGAGCUAUGGAAUCUUGAUUUUGGCCUUUCACCCCCGUUAACUGUGUAAUCACCUUUCAUGAUUAUUCACAAUCCGCGCUGUUUGUAAAAGUCCUUAUUGCUCUGAAUAUUGUACAUGUCCAUUAUGCCGGUUAUGGCAAAUAAGCUCUUUCUGCUUGUAUCAGACUUGUGCAUAUAUAUGCUUGUAAUGUUAAAAUCUAAUUCAGUGGUUUUAAUUCUCUAUGAA